AUGGAUAGACAGGCAUUGUUGGAGGAGAAAAGACGACGGGUUCAGCAAUUAAGACAGAAACGAAUAGAGUCGAAAGAUGGGGAUACUGGUUCCAAUGAUGUGUCGUCAGUUGAUCAUAUUAUAGGGCUGCUUUUGAAUACUCCAGAACCUAGAAAGCAAGUUAGUAUAGGUAUUCAAGUUGAUCUGGAUAAUUUAAAUCAACAGAUUGGAGAUGUUAGUAUACUAAGUAUCGAAAAAGAACAUGAACUUACCACGUAUGAUAAAGCUGUUCAGACAAUUGAUAUAGGUGCUCCAGUCGAAAAUGAAGAAAAAGUGAUAGAUCAUAAAAUAGAAACCAGUGUGGAGGAGGAAGAUCCUCAGGUACCAAACGACGAUGGCGAACCUUUCGUUGAACAAGAUUUGAAUAACCUGCUCAUGGAAUCGCUUAAACUCAUUAAUAAAGUUCACAUCACAGGACAUUUCGAUUCCAAUGAUUAUAUGUAUAAUAAAAGUAAGAAAGAAGAUACUGAAUCAAAAGUAACUUCCAAUGUUCCAUUAUCUAAGAUAACAUCGUUUGAUAUUCCAGAGGCUUCAACCAUCACCGCAGUGGAUACGUCUCCUCAUGAUUCAAAACUUGUUGCCAUAGCAUAUACAAAUGAAAAGUCCAAAUCUAAUCACAAUACGAUUCCAAAUGGAAGAGCCAUAAUAUAUUCUACUACCAAAGACCAUAAUCAAGCAUUUCCAGAAUAUUAUUUAAGUUGUUCUUCUCCAAUACAUUGCAUUCAGUUCGAUAAAGCCAAACCAACUCGGAUAAUAGGAGGAUUGGCAGAUGGAAAAUUGGUGAUAUGGGAUUUUCUGUCUUCAUCAUCUAAAGUGGUACUAAAUCCUAUUUUAACUACACCUAAUUAUUCUUCCAUAGUGUUAUCAGAAUCAAAAAGCUCUCAACAAACGAAUUAUCAAGCACAUACAUUAUCAAUUAAUACCGUACAUCAAAUCAAAAUUGAUUCUAAUGAUUGUAUUCUUUCCUUUUCUGAAGAUGGUAUUAUCAAUACUUGGUCAUCAAACCUCUUAGCCAUGCCAAAGUUUGAUUCUAUUGAAAUUUAUGAACCUAGUAUCCAAGAAGAAUAUUCAAAUCCGAAAAAGACAUUACUAUCCAUAUCGAAUUCAUUUCUCGUGGGAGAAAAUAACUAUCUAUUGGGUGAUUCUAAGACAUUUCCAUUUUUAGAAAAUUUAAUAUUGUUCAAUGAUUGGGGUGUAUAUCGUAUAAACGUAUCUGAUUCAAAUGAAGUCAGCACCACAUUAUAUCCCUUAGAUAAACUAUCUGUGCCUAAUAAAUUAUUUGAUUCUUCAAUAAUGUCAUGUUCAAAUGGGAAUUCUUAUAUCAUAUCUUCAUUCUUAGAUUGGAGUUUAAAAAUCUGGGAAGUUAAUAAUCUCGAAAAACAAGUGGUACUGAUAUAUACUCCUAGUAUAGUAACUAAUUUGAUUGUAUCACCUACCCACCAAGCACAACUAAUCACCGCAACCAGUAUCAAAGGUGUUCCGGCUCUUCAAUUUUGGGAUUUACAUAAGAAGUUGUUUGGGCCAUUAUUUGAAAUAGAAGUUGGUAAAGAAGGUGAUAUCAUUACAAGUUUAUCUUUCACUGCGGAUGGCGCUUGUUUAUAUGUGGGAUUUAACCAUGGAUCCACUGCGGUGUGGAAAAUUGAAGACUUUGUAUGGUCAAAAGCUAAUACUCUUGAUGAAUUAGACAAUGGAUUAAUAGAAUAUGUAAAUAAGAAAAAACUUACAAAUUAA